UCUUCUUCUUUUUCCUCCUCUUCGACGUUGACUAUUGUCUUCCUGUUCCUCGCUGCGGCGGCGAUUUCUUCGCCCUGGCCAUCGAUUGAACCAUCAGCUGAUCGGUGCCGGGAUCGAACGAUCGGACGCAGGCAGGAUGUCCUCGAGCAGUCGGAAUUACUACCCCGAUUUCAACCAGAAGAUCGACUACGUCUUCAAAGUGGUGCUGAUCGGCGACUCGGCGGUGGGGAAGUCGCAGCUGCUCGCCCGGUUCGCCCGCAACGAGUUCAAUCUCGACUCCAAGGCCACCAUCGGCGUCGAGUUCCAGACCCGCACCCUAACCAUCGACCAGAAGACCAUCAAGGCCCAGAUCUGGGACACCGCCGGCCAAGAAAGGUAUCGGGCGGUGACGAGCGCUUACUACAGAGGCGCAGUGGGAGCGAUGCUAGUCUACGACAUAACCAAACGCCAAUCGUUCGACCAUGUGACUAAAUGGCUGGAGGAGCUGCGAGGACACGCCGACAAGAACAUCGUUAUCAUGCUCAUCGGAAACAAGUCCGACCUCGGAAGCCUUCGCGCGGUGCCGACCGAGGACGCCAAGGAGUUCGCUGAGAAUGAGAAUCUCUUCUUCAUGGAGACUUCCGCCCUCGAUGCCACCAACGUCGAGAGCGCUUUCGUGACCAUUCUCACCGAGAUUUACCGGAUCGUCAGCAAGAAGUCCCUUGUGGCCAACGACGACGCUGAGCCUACCGGGGACACGAACCUACUGAAAGGAACUCAAAUAGCAGUCUCCGGUCAAGAGCCUGCUGGUUCUAAAUCGACAUGCUGCGCAUCGUCUUAGAUUGAGUGCUUUGUUGAGUAAAUGCAGUUAUUUUUUCACUCAAGCAGAUCCCUGUGGAAUUCUAUUAUUGACUUGUGGCCUCAUAAACAUGUCACAGGAAUUUAAAUAGCAUGGAAAAGUUUGGAUUCUA